ACAUAAAUACAGAAAUCUUUUACCAAAAAAAUACAACAUCAAUGACAUAAUAUCAUGAUACGCGAAUGAUCAAAGGAAUCAAGAUUAUAUAGUCUAAGAUGGACAGAUGACUAAACACUCACAUAAUUAACACGCUAAUUUCCCAUAACCACAUAAUUUGAUAUUAGAGGACGACCAUUAUGACAUUAUUUGUCAGAGGCACAUUUUCGAGUUUGAGAUCUUAUUUAAUAAUAUGCUGAAGACCUGAACCAAUUGGAUAUGUGUACAAUACAUAGGUUACUAUAUAGAUAGCGUAUUAUACGCACAAGAAUACGAGAACUAAUAAUAUUCCCCAUUGGCGCACAAAUGGUCCAUUAAUAAUAUUUUGUUUCGGUACAUGAAAUGCGUCGAGGCGUUUCAAAAUUUUGUACCAGCAGUGAAAUUGGAUUUACUUUGGCCAGGCACCUUCGGCUAAUACAAAAAAUUGGCAUCUAUUAUAUAUAUGUAGUCGGUGUCUUUUAAAUAUAGAAGGUAGCUCCCACUAAAAUUUGUUCUUGUUUUUAAGCCCAUGAUCUAUUGUCAUCCUCUUAAGAUCUGGGGACCUUACACACGCGUUCCGUCGCCUAUAUAUCUGUUUCGUUUUGGUACUGAAGAAAAAGAUAUUCUUCCUUAUAGACUACAUAAUAUAGUUAUGCAAGAAUUUCGGUUUUUUCUUUUGAAAAAUGUACUAAACCACUCGAAUGAUACACAAUUGUGGUUGAUAUUUUGAUAAAAUGGAACUAAAACAAAAGACGAGUGAUGACAAAAACGAGUGUGUCUAUAUCUAUGAUAUCUAUGUGUUUAUGUACAUUCCUACGUAUUAGGGAACUGAAAAAUUUCAAAUUUUCUUUCUGGUUUCUUGACGAACACGAGCCGUCGAAAAAGACCUAGUAAUAUACAAAAACUUAUUUUAGCACAAGCUCCUUGAGUAAAUAGAAAUGUUUACACGUGCACAUUUGUGCCAUUUGUCUCAGUAGGUGGUGAGAAAUAUUUAGCCCGUCAGUCUGUAUACCUGAUUUUUGAUAGUUGACUCUCUAAACACUAUAUCGUGAGCCGAUAUCUUAAUGCGUUCUGUCGUAUACGUAUUGUUUCAUUACACGUAUAUAUAGGUUUGAAUUUAUAUAGAAUGAGGCACGCAUACGCAAUGCCAUUUGGCAAAAAUCUGAAAAGACGCAUGUACACGAGAAAAAUAUAGGUUUAUACAUAUUUUAGAGGAUAUAUUAGACACACAUUACUUUGUCUCCCCCUUGAGGUUUGGCCAGCAAAAGAUCCAGAUGGCUAAUGAAUUACUCUCUGCCAAACCUUUGAACUGCAUGUUGUUCUUUCGUGAAUAUGUUUUCAUAUACCCAUAAAACUGGACUGUUUUUCAAAAACAGAGCACAUGAUCACUUUAUGAAGUUCAAAACCAAUAAACAUAUAGUUCCGACUUUUUAUUUAAGGCUGUGAUGGGGAAUUGGUUAACGGCCUUCUGCUAAUAGAAACCACAAAUUAACGCACGAACAUUUAUAUACCUUCGAUUUUAUACAUAAUGCCGAAUAGGUGUUCAUAAACACUAAAAAAUAAAUAAACAUUUUGUUUAGCAAUUUGUUUAUAUUUUUAAUUCACAAUAUAGAGCCUUAAAUCUGUUUUUAUUCUCAAAUAAAACAGUCGAAGUUAGCCUCCAUAACCAUUCACACUCAUUCAUUUCAUAGAUCUGUAAUUUACUUAUAAAACCCAUAGAAAAAAAUCCAAUGGACUCUACAAUUCACUGCGCAAUCAAUAUAAACAAAUGGUCCUAAAACUCGAAAUAACUCUGUGUGUGAUUUUAAUUGUUGAAAUCUGUGCAGCUGUUGUAUUAGCCAAACGUAAUUAAUGUUAUUUUCGAUAAAAGAGAAAUAAGAAACAGCCCAAAUUAAACAAACAAUCCAAUCCAAUCUACAGUUUCUUCGCUGAAAGUGAUAUAAUAAACACAGAAACCUAGAGAAGUAGCCGUCGGAACAAUGCAGAAUUCUCCGGCAUCUUGUGCGUGGUAUCUGCCCUGGACCCUGGCAGCCCAGCAGCACCAGCAGAAGCUCCUCCAGACGAUGCAGUCCCCGUUCCUGGACAAACUGGGAGCCGCCUCUGUGGGCGGCGGGAUAUUUGCCGCCCAGCCUCAAAUGCAGCAGCAACUGUCGCCAAACACGGCGGCCGCCCCGCCGGCAAACUACCAGCAGCCAGCUCUUCAUCCGAGCGCCGCUCCGGGAGCGCAUUUCUCAAUGGGAUCACCCUACAACCUGGCGCCACAGCUCCUCAACGCCGGCCAGGCCCAAGGAUAUGCCGGACAGUUGAAUCCUACCCAGCAGUCGCACCUGAUGCACUCCGCCAUGUUCUCCUCCCUGCCGAUGGGCGCUUACUACUCCCCCAAUGCCGGAGCAGGGCAUGCUGCCUUCGGAGGAGUUCCCAUGCCGACGGCCGCCCAGCAGUCACUUCUAGCCGCCGCCGCUGCUGCCGGAGGAGCACCGGGCCUGGGCCAGCAGACGCCCACUUCGGUGCCCGUCCAGAUGCCCGUGCAGAUGGCCCAGCGGGCAACAUCCGCCCCCUGUGUCCAGCCCCUGGUCCAGCCGCUGAACUGCCUGCCCCAGGAGCUGAACCACCUGUCGUCCGCCAUCAAUCUCAAUCUGAGCAACGGGCUGGUCGGGCUGCGGAAUCCGGCCCCGCCGCUCUCCUCUAUCCAGAUCUUGCCAGGUGCCGAGGUGCCGACAAAUAAAAAGACUACUUCUCCGAGGGAGUCGGAAAUUCUAAAAGUCAAAGUCCCCGAAAAGCGCAAAACCGAGGAUAACGAUCAAAUAAAAGAAUUAAAGAAGGCUAAACUCGAGACUAAGGCAUUGAAGGCUAAAAGACCCGGAUUCACGGAUGAGAGAUAUCAAGAGACCUCCUACUACAUGGAAAACGGUCUUCGAAAGGUCUAUCCAUAUUACUUUACAUUCACAACCUUCACGAAGGGUCGAUGGGUGGGUGAGAAGAUUCUGGACAUAUUCUCCCGCGAGUUCCGAGCCCAUCCCGCCGAGGAGUAUGAACGAUGCAUCCAAACUGGCACCUUGACAGUGAACUUUGAGAAAGUGCCCAUUGAUUAUCGGCUGAAGCACAACGAUCUACUGGCUAAUAUUGUUCACAGGUACAUCCAUGUGGACGGUACAGGCAUAAUACUGUAGUCUUUAUACUUGCCAAGGAGUUCAAUCUCAAGAAUCUAAGGACGAUUCAUCGUCUAGAUCGUCUCACGUCAGGACUGUUGUUAUUCGGAAGGAGUCCCAAGAAAGCGCGACAAAUGGAGCAACAAAUACGCAAC